AUGGCUGAAGACACAUUCACUUGUCGUAUCCAGUAUAUAAAUGACGCUGAUCCAUUCGCAACCACAUCGAAUUGCUAUUUGGAACCGAUGAGACCGGUGACGUUCUCCUUCCGUCUCUAUGAUCCAGUCGGUGAACAGAUUCCCGAUGUGAUUCGAACAUUGAGAGCGCCACAUAAGGCCGAUGAUUCGGCUCUUCAAGUGUACAAAGGAUUGGAGGGUGGAGGAGGGGAUUUCCAGACAUAUCUUGACUCAGAGCUCACACUUGCUGAUCAACAAGAUGAAUUGGAAGUGUUGAAAUCGGAUAGG